CGGAAGAGCACAUUAUUUUCACUGAGCCACUCGGGGCGAGACUCGGGAGGAUCUUUUGUCUCCCGCAUGUGCAGCCGCAAGAGUUCUGAAGUGUGCAGCCCAUUCUCGUCCUUGAUCGUUCUACGUUUCUUGCUGCUUGCCUGAGCAGGACCGCCGACAACACUCUUUUCGUUCCAUUCAAGUUACCUUUUUGCUGGGCUUUUGCUCUGCGUGCCUCUCGUUACUUUUUUAUUAUUCUGGGCGGCUCCUCAAACCUCUAAACAUCAUGGAGCCUGAAAUGUCUUACGAUAUGGAGCCAUACCUUCUGAUGGCUCAAUACAUACAGAAGCAGUGCGAAAAGUCGGGAUGGAUGAAUCUGCGCGAGUGUUCAGAUCCGUCAGCAGUCGGAGUGAUGAUAAAGAUUGCAGACAGACAAUAUGCUCGCGAACCGAAGACCAUUGAUCCAAUAGUACUUAAAGCUUUUCAGUGUAUGGACGCUGCAAUUGCCUUCACUAUGACUUCAGUCGUCACGUCCGCAAUUUUUCGCCAGAUAACUCCAAGCCAGAAGGAACUUAUUGUAAAGUCUCGAGGGACUGCACUUCCCAUUGUCGAUACAUUCGAGGAUCUUAUCUCCUUGGUUUCUAUGCAUGGUCUUACUGGAACUGCGUAUCUACUCAGAAGACCACAACUUGUUCUAGUGUGGUCCAAUUCUGUGGAGGAUAUCUUGAUGUGUGGGGCGAGUCUCGACGAGCUGCUAUGUCAAGCUAUCACAAAUCAAAAUUCAUCUCUUGCUGUCCAGCAAAACCCGGAGUUCAAACGUCAGACCAGUCGUUCAUCCUGGGGCACAUCCGAAGGGACCUCAAUUGCGGAGAAGUCUACUGUCGAGGUCGCUACACCAACUGCAGUACAUUUCAGCACUACCACAGAAAAAUUGAAGGAAGCCUACGAUUUCUCAGAUCUCGAAUCUUCGACUAUUACAUCCACAUUAAAACCCAGACCAAUGAUUCUGACACACUCGCUCAUGGUCGCAAUUGGUUUAAUGACGCUCGUGAUAGUUCAAAUGGGUGGUGUAUCUACGCUCAUUGGCGAAAUUGGCAUUGAUGGAAGCUAUGCUCGUCUGGCUUACCUCCUCAUGAUCCCAAUAUCAACCACACUUGCGCUGUUCUUCUUCACGACUUUAGUGGCCUGCCUCUUUCAAUUCUUUGGCCCUGUAAAAAGUGUAAACGAAAACACGCGAUACCAAAGCGCGAUAGCUCCAGACCCAGCUCGCUACCCAAGGUUUGAAUAUCCGCAUAUCACCAUCCAGAUACCUGUCUACAAGGAGGGUUUGACUGGUGUGAUUGCUCCAACCGUCGAGAGUGUCAAGGAAGCAAUCAAACACUAUGAAAGCAUCGGAGGUACAGCUUCCAUUUUCAUUAAUGAAGAUGGAAUGCAAGUGGUGUCUCCGGAAUUGGCAGAGGCUCGUAAAAAGUUCUACGCAGCAAAUGGCGUCGGCUGGUGUUCUCGACCACCCCACAACAAGGAUGGAUUCCAGCGCAAAGGAAAAUUCAAGAAAGCGAGUAACAUGAACUAUUGCCUUGAUUUUUCGAUCAGAGUCGAAGAUGAGCUCUUACGCUUAAUCGCCGAGCACGAGCGAGAUAAUCCAGACAUUACCAUCGAGAAAGAGAACGAGCUUUACGCGAUCGCGAUGGAGGCGAUUCUUGCUGCUGAUCAAGGCAAAACAUGGGCUGAAGGCAACAUACGACUGGGAGAAUUUAUCCUCCUCCUUGAUUGCGAUACCAAAGUGCCCGUCGACUGCCUUCAAUAUGGUGCCCUGGAAAUGUUCGAGAGUCCUGAUGUUGCCAUCAUUCAGCACGCUAGUGGCGUCAUGCAGGUCGCUCAUAAUCUCUUUGAGAAUGGUAUAACGUACCUUACCAACAUGAUUUAUCAAUCAAUUUCAUACGCUGUUGGGAGUGGCGAUCUUGCUUGUUUCGUGGGACACAAUGCUUUUCUCCGAUGGAAGGCCAUCCAGAGCGUUGCUUUUGAGGAAGACGGAAAGGUCAAAUACUGGUCAGACUCGCAUGUGUCAGAAGAUUUCGAUCAAGCUCUGCGCCUUCAAAUCGCCGGUUUCAUUAUCCGUCUUGCUUCAUACCACAACGGGGGUUUCCAAGAGGGUGUAUCUCUAACCGUCUUUGACGAGCUGGCUCGCUGGGAGAAGUAUACUUAUGGAUGCAACGAGCUCCUAUUUCAUCCCAUCUGGAAAUGGCCAUUCAAAGGUCCUCUUACACCUUUAUUAUGGAAGUUGAUAUCCAGCAACGUCAAAAGCACCUCGAAAGUCACGAUUCUCGGAUACGUCUUCACAUACUAUGCCAUGGCUGCAGCACUACCUUUCACUGUUCUUAAUUAUUUCCUGACAGGCUGGGUCAUGCUGAAUCUCGAUCAUUACUACCUCACCUCCUUCAAAAUGAUGAUCUCAUUGCUCGUCAUCUUUAACUUAGUCUCACCGAUCGCUUACAACUUCCUCCUCUGGCGCCUCGGCAAAACGAACUUCUUCAAAGGGAUGUGGGUCACUAUCAAAUGGAUGCCAUUCUUCAUGGUCUUCUUCGGCGGCCUCUCCAUCCACCUCACCAAAGCAAUCGUCUGCCAUUUCUUCAGCAUAAACAUGGAAUGGGCAUCCACCGGCAAGGAGCUCGAAGAAACCGGCUUCUUCAUCGGCAUGGACAAGAUCAUCAAAGACUUCAAAUACAUGUACAUCAUCGUCUUCUCCCUUACUGCGAUGAUGGUAUAUCUAGGCGUGUAUGCACCGGUGGGCUGGAAGAUCAAUGAUUUCACGAUUGUGUUGCCAGUGGGGAAUCAGCUGGCGUGUCACUUUUUGCUGCCGGUCGUGCUGGGGUUGUUUUAGGAGAGAAUCGUCCUUUUAAUCCUUUCUUUCUUCUCGUUUCAUCUCGCAAAUGAACAGUAAAGCAUGUUAGUAGAUAGCAUUUUCUUGGUGUGUUCAUGUAUAUAGUUAGACUGAGGGUUGUCCUUGGAGUUCGGAAGAUUGUAGAUAGAAGGCUCGCCGCUCGGCGUUCUAAAGAUAGAGAGGUAUAAUAAAUAAUGUUUAUUGAUGC